UAAUGUCAAAACAACAGGAGGCGUCAGAGAGAAAUCCCGUGCGUUGGCGCCAGAUACGUUCUGAGUGUUUAGGGGCGGCGUCCGAGUUGGUGCUGAAAUUGGAUAACCACAGUCGGCUGCUCACAACAAAAGCUAGCAUAUAUAAUCGAGCUUUCCAUGGUCAUGAGGUAGUGAAGCAACUUCCCGCUGCCCCUUUCUGAGUGGGAUGUCCGAAUAAUAUGAGCCGGCUUGGUCUGACUGCCAGCAUUGGCCCCCACAUCCAUAUUUCCAGAGUUCGAACUGACCAAAUAUCGCUGGUAAUGACCGCAUACAUUUCCAGAUCAUCCUAUAUUCAUUUCAAGAACAGCCUACAUUCAUUUCCAGAACAGCCUACAUUCAUUCCAAGAACAACCUACAUUCAAUUCCAGACAACCAACAUUCAUUUCAAGAAAAACCUACACUUACUCCCAAAAUAUCCUACAUUCAUUUCCAGACAACCAACAUUCAUUUCAAGAAAAACCUACACUUACUUCCAAAAUAUCCUACAUUCAUUUCCAGACAACCUACAUUCAUUUCAAGAAAAACCUACACUUACUCCCAAAAUAUCCCACAUUCAUUCCCGGAGCAGACCAAGCAUCCGCCGAACUCAUCUAGUAUCCCCCGGAACCCACCGCACCCCGGAACCCACCGCACCCCGGAACUCCCGCGCUACCCAGAGCCGGCCGCCAGAGAGCCCGCCGCGCGCCUGCAGCAUCCCCCCGAAAAAAAGCGCCGUCUCAUCGCCUAGCCCCGUAAAAACAAAAAGAAUCCGACAGCGCACAUGAGCACCCGCUGACUCGCACGCCUCAAAAACACGCUCCACUCUCUUCUCCUGCCUAUCGCCAUGGAGAAUACCGCCAAACGAACCGCGGGCGAGGCCGUGGCCCCCGCGCCAAAACGCGUCCAGGCCGACGUCCUGAAACAGGUCAAGGAGUCUGACGUGGGCAUCACCCAGUAUAUCAACGAGGGCUACAAGCACGGCGGCGGCUUCUACGGUACCAUCAAGCAGCGCUACUCGGACUUCCAGGUCUUUGAGAUCGACUUGGCCGGCAAC